AAUAUAAAGCCGCCUUUAUAUUUUAAGAAUGGAGGUCCCAUGCAAGGCUGUCUACAUAUUUGGGGGACCUUGGCAUUGAAAACCCCUGAUUUAUGGCCUUUAUACAGCGCAUGUCAAUGAGUCUCGCUUUCAUUCGCUUAAAAAAAUAAACAUGGCCGUAGUCUGAAAAGAGUCUAUUACCACUUCCUUUUUAUAUUUCACUGGGUAGAUAAUAAAAAAUGUAUUGAUACAAAUAAUUUAGAGCUCCGAAUGACCGGGACCUACAGUGCGUCAUCGCCAGUGUGAGUCCCCGCCUUCAAUUUCGUGCAUGCCUCAUCUGUCGCCCUCCCUCCUCAAUUCAACAGCGGACAGGCACUUCCUUACUCCUAGUCCUAUAGCUACUCCAUUUUAGCAUUAUCGUCCGUGGUUUCAAGAUUCGAGGACAGUAGCAUAUUAGGCAUUGUGCUGCACCUUCUAAUCUGGCAGUGUUAGUGCACUAUUAAGUCAGGAGUGCUGCUCUGCACGCUAGUCAUUUGUUUUGGGUGGGUUUACAGCGGCUCAUGAGCAGCGCGUGGGAUAUUGCACCCGUGUAAAACAGCUCUUUCGCUUUCACAAUGGCCAGCGACGUGGUCAAAAGAUUCAUUUGCAUUUGUCGAUACCUACAAGACCCUUGCCAUGUCGCCAAGUUCCAGCAACUCUGUGGCGUCCGAGGGACAUUUACGAAAAAAACGGCCGAGACGGUGGAGAGUGAAGCGAAGCGCUCUGUCAACGGUGCGUGCGCGGGGCAACGCCAGAGGGACUGCGCUGCUAGUGGAGAUAACGCACAGGGACAUCUGGGUCAAAGGCUGGGCAAGAGUUUAAAUGCUGGGAAUGUUAAACAAGACGACUGCUCUGGCGAUCUUCUGAACGGACCCACGAUAUCGGGCUCAGACAGGACAGAGGGGCAGCAUGCAGGUUCAGAAGUGGCUGGCGCGAGCGAGAAGGGCUCCAGAGACAGAGUGAAGCCCUUGCGCAGGAACUCGCUGACUGGUGAUGUUGGGCAAGAGUUCAUCAUCGAGAACAAGUUUCUCUUCUGUCUCUUUACCAUCGGUACCGAGCUUGGCAAUGAGAUGUUCUUCAUCGUGUUUUUCCCCUUCUUGAUGUGGAACGUUGAUCCCUAUGUCAGCCGGCAGCUCAUCGUGGUGUGGGCCUGGGUGCUGUUCCUCGGCCAGUCCACGAAAGAUCUGGUCCGAUGGACUCGUCCGGCCUCUCCUCCCGUGGUUAAAGUGGAGGUGUUCUACAACACAGAGUACAGCAUGCCAUCCACACACGCCAUGACUGGAACCGCGAUGCCCUUCUGUCUGUUCAUGCUCACAUGCAGCCGUUGGGAGUACCCGUUCAUGUUUGGACUGAGUGUAGCUCUGUGCUGGAGUCUCCUUGUGUGCACCAGCAGAAUUUAUAUGGGCAUGCACUCAGUGCUGGAGGUGAUCACGGGCUUCCUCUACAGCGUACUCAUCCUGGCAGUCAUUCAACCCAUGCUGGAUGACAUCGACACAUUCUACCUGACCCACAGCUAUGCCCCCUUGGUCGUUCUCCUUGUGCAUGUUGGAUUCAGUUUGGUGGCCUUCUCCCUGGACUCAUGGAGCACCUCCCGUGGCGACACUGCCCAGGCAUUGGCCACAGCUGCUGGAUCUGCCCUGGCAUCCCGUCUGGCCCACCAACUGGGCCUGCAUCCAGAUCCUCCCGAAGAAGCUCUACCGCUCACCCUACCCCUGUUAGACGGAGCCUUAUUGGGGUGCUCGAUAAUGCGGCUCCUGGUGGGAGUGUCCGUGCUUCUAGCUGUUAGAGCUGCCAUGAAGGUGGUGGCGGUCCCGUUGGCGUGCAAGCUCUUCAAUAUUCCCUCGGACGACGUGCGGAAGGCCAGACAACAUGCACAAGUGGAACUCUCCUAUCGGUUUAUAGUCUAUGGCCCCGUGGCCUACGGUUGUGUUUUCCUGGUGCCGCUUCUCUUUGACUUCCUUGGCUUAUCCUGAACUUGCAGAAUCCCUCUCUUCAUCUUUGUUAUCCACUAUUAUAUGGUUUUUAGACAUACUCCCAGAACACGGUUAACUCGUACAUGGCCUGGACUGAUCAAGGUCCAAGUACAAGGACAAACUGAACUUGGAAAAGCCUUGGAAGAGCCACGUAUAAUGCUUUGAUUUUUAAAAUGCACUGUUUUGUUUCGUUUACAGAUUUGAGGACAUUUUUGUUUAGCAUAAGAUCAGACUUGAGUGCAUGACUGAUGUAUUGUUCAAUAGAGGACAAUAUGUCUGCCUCUGAAAUGUUCAAAGCAAGCUCCUCCCAUUUUGAAUGGUAAUGUUUAUAGCCAUUCCGCUCAAGCGGAGAGAUUUCUCAAGAAGGCCUCACAUGUUUUCUCAUGUGUAUCCUGCAUUUGUCUUUCACUGGUUUCCCCUCAGCAGACAGACACCAUCCUGCACCAUUAGUGGAAAAGAGCCAAAGUCUAUUUCGUCUGUGUGACGCAACCAAGUGUAUGCUUCUAGCCAGUCAUUGAGGGCAGAGCAAUUCCUUUAUCAAUAUCUCUGCCGAUAUCUGUUCAUUGCUCACUUCGCCGAAACCCCAGUGCCUUGAUUUUUCAGGGCAAUGUUGUGUCCAAUUAUAUAGAUGUGCUGGUGCAUCAUAAAAAAAAAAUCAGUGAUGCAUUUAAAAAAAAUUGGAUUGGAUUGUGCACUCAAAAAUGUUAUUAACUGUACAUUAAAAAAAAAAAAGUAAAAACUGUGCAUAAAAAAAUAUACAGUAGUUUAAAAAUGUAUUCCCAACAGACUGACGCCCACCCAUCCUGCACUCUUGUGCUGUCGCUCCCUCAAAAAUGUGCUGCAUUGUCUCUUAUGAAAUAGUCUUUGUUUCUAUUUCACCAGAGCUGUCUGCAGUUCUUUCGGUCAGUUUCCAUUGUGGGGAAGCAAACUAAUCCAGGUUAGUUUUUGUCUCACAAUAAGCGGUAAUGCAUUAAGAAAAUGAUGGUAGGGGACCUUCCUGUCAGUAUAAAUGCUGUAUACAUGUACUGCCUAUGGAUGUGUUGCAUAUCAACCCCUAGGAAAAGACCGCUUUGAAUCUUGCAGCAUCUAGCCACUAAAUGAAUUGGACAAUUUUAAGUAUGAAAAUGUCUGAUUGAACAAAAAUCGUCAUGCAAAAUGUCUGCAAAAAUCGUUCCUCACUUUGCUUCCAGUUCUACAUAAUGUUUGGCUAAAGUCAUUAAACUUCAGUUUAUUAAACUGAGCUUUCAUGUGGAGAUGUGUUCUGGGUGUCUCUCCAUGUGUCUGCUGCAUAAAGAGGAUGCAUCGAAAUCAGUGUGGCUUUAUUUAAUGGAUCAGGGAAACCUUAACUGAGCUUGCUUGGUCAUCUUGUCUGAACUCACUGCAGUUUAAAACUGUUUAAAAAAGAUAUGAUUAUUGGCAUGAAAACCUGGCUAAAGGAAAUACAACACGUGUUUUCAGAUUCCAGGAAAUUGUCUGUAUUAAUCUAGAUUGAUAUGUUGUCUGUCAUUGAAGUAGUUCUCUGUACUUGCCGUAUAUUUUUUUGAUGUUUGCCGUUUCACAAGGAACUGUGGUAAAGCUACCUUGUCUUUUGCAACACAACCAAGUGUGAGCUGCUGACCUGUCAUAGAGGGCUUUCUUUCCAAGGCAAUUUUGUCCUCCAACUAGGCACAAGACACCAUAGUUAUCUUUUUGUGAUAUGCGAUGUUAAUUUGCAAAGUGUCAAUAUUGUUUAUGCAGUUGAAUGCUCUUCUUUUUUUUUUUUUUUUAUCUAUGGCAUGUACCUUUUUUUAUUUUUAUUGUAAUUUUUUUUUUUUUUAUGUACUUCAUGUGGAAGUAUUUCUUGCAGGAGUUUUGUUUCGUUACUGGUUUCUGGAACCAUAUUUUGAUGUGACAGAUUUGUUUGAAAUUAUUUACUGAUUUAUCAUAAAAAGGAGUCAGUUUGAUGUUUUAAGGUUUCCCACUUGGAAUUUCAGUAUGAAUGAAGCUUGUACACCCUGCCUGUACUAAGCUUUAAGCUGUUAAUGGUCACACAGACUAUGGGUAUUCUAACCAUAGUCCAUUGCUACCUGUCUGCAGUGUAUGAAAAUACUCAAAUAAAAUAAAAAUAUA